GCCAUGCUUGACUUCCGGUAAAACAAAAUGGUUUUGUUAGAAAGUGAUGCUUUUUUGAGUGAGCUAACGAGGCUCUUCCAAAAACAGAAAAAUCUGCCAGCUGGAUGCGGAUCCAUCAGUAUGACCAUGAAGAGAUAUGAUGGGCGAACCAAACCAAAGCCAAGGGCAUCCAAAUCACAGCACCAUCAUGAACCUGUUGAGUACAAAUGUUUGAUUAGAGCAUCCUUAGGAAACAAGAAACUAUCAACAGUUGUUGGACAAAAAGAUGUAAACAAAUUUCAAAUGGCAUAUGCCAAUUUACUCAAAGGCAAUAUAGAUGGACUGAAAAAGAAGGAAAAGAAAUCUGCCAAAGGAAAAGUAAAGACAGCCAAGGCAACUUAGAGACAAUGUGGACUCGUGUGGAAAGUGUUUGUUUCUAUUCCAAACAGUGAAGUCUUUUCACACCAAUAUUUCCUGAUAUGAAACAAUUGUGAGAUGUUGUCGUUACCUUUUCUAUUUUAUUUUCAUUUUGAUACCACUGAUUUCAUGGCACAAAGGAGAUCAUUGGUGAAAAGGCUUCAUUGUUAUUCUGAGCAUGUGGCAUGUAGAUUGUCUCUUCAAGUUGUGACUACGAAUUGCAUGGAGCCUGUGUUUGGCUAUUUGUGUGUUUGUGUCAUGAUGUAUAUAGUAUCAUAGCCUAUCAUCCAAAUAAAACCCAUUAACUUAAA